AUAAAUUUGAAUUUCAAGAUAGGAGUUGCUCAAUGUAACUGGGAGUCAAAGUAGUGAGAAAUAGAAUCUUACAAAGCUCGAGGGACGACCAUGAUGUUGACAAGCAGUAUCUAUUCAUUUUUUGAACUUCGAUUGUCAUUAUGGAACACGCUUUUAUGGUGUGAAACGUAGAUGAAUUUCCAUGGCGCAUGCCAGUGCCGUAGGAGUCGGCGUGCGGCGUACCGAUGCGUCUGACAGUGGUCGCAGAUCCCUUCGGUUUUUCGUGUGGAGGUCUAGCGUUCUGAGACUUCUAGCGCUAGUACUGUCGACUUUGCACCUAUGGGCAUGGUGGGGAGCGCAUGGGUUGCAAGGGGGCCCGACUCUUCGUCGCGAGGAGUCAGGUGCGUCGGACACGGUGGAUGGAGAGGCGACGGUAUCGGAUCAUGCCGAUAUAGAAGUGGUCAAGGACGGAGACUCUGCCCCUUCCGAGAUAGUAGCUAAGGAUGGAGCCGAAAUUGCAGAAGAAAGAAGAAGCCACGGGAAGCAUACUAGAAGUUCUGCCGGCGAUGGUAACCCACCCUCGGCACAUAAGCUUAAGGCUACAAGAACUACUGAUGGUGAGUGUCCUCCUCGUCGUAACAAUUAGAAAGCCAUCCCUGAUUAUAUUUAUUUCCUCUACAAUCAACGAACUGGGAAACAAAGUAUAAUGACAGCACUGAGUAAAGGCCAAGCAGUCUGGUUACCGAGAUCGCGCGUCUAACUCUCAGGGGAGUGUCGGAAAGGAAAAGGGGUCGUCUCCAGGCAUCGGCGAGCUUCGGCGAUUCGUUUUCGAUGAUUCACUUUCUUCGAUGGUUCACGUUGCGAACGGCACCACCGGGAAUACCAGCAAUGCGUCCUCUACCAGCAGCACUUCGGAUCAUGAAGAGUUAAGGCGUGUUCCCCUAAUGGUUCAUCUUCAGAUAGAGGUCGUGUCCUAGUCCCUUGCAUAUAAUUAAGGGGAAAAAGGCCCCAAGAAGAUGCAUCUGACGAAGGAUUUUUGAGCAGCUCUAAAUAAAAAGGAAGCGGCUAAGGUUCCUCUCGUGGUGCUGGCGAUUGAAAUCGUGGUCGUUCUGGUUGCAGUUUCGGUUGCUUCAAGCUACUACUGCGAGCAUCGUCGUGCGGCCAGAGCGCGAGAAAUUCAAGCCGCUAUGGGGAAAAGAGUGGAUGAACAGGAGGAAAUUAUGUCAGUGGAUAGCCGUUUCAUGUGACCGAUCUAGUUGUAGUAGAUCAUGAAUAUGUGACUGUGAGGAGGGCUAUGCUGAUUGACAAGUACUACUUGGCGAUACAAACGAAGGGAGGUAGAAAUUGAAGCUGCUCUGAUACUCCACGCGCGAUGAAUUCAGUCUAUAUAUCAGCAAGUGUCUUUUCCUGAAGAAACCACAUUGGUUUCGUCCCCAUUUUGAGAGGGACGUCAAU